CACCCAUCUUAAAAUCCCCCUCCUUCGCUCUUCUUCAAUCGAAUCAAAUCAUCUCUCACACACAACGACUAUGGCAUCUGCUUCACAAGCUAUUCUUUCAGCCAAUACUUUCACUUCCUCUAACUUAUUCUUCUCCACCAAACUCAAACACAAACCCGUUAGGAAUCUCAACCUCUUCGCCGUGCGAGCUUCCUCUGAUGACUCUGAUUGUAAUGAAGAAGAAUGCGCUCCUGAUAAGGAGGUGGGGAAGGUGAGCAUGGAAUGGUUAGCCAGCGAAAAGACGGAAGUGGUGGGAACAUUUCCGCCCAAGAAACGGGGUUGGACUGGUUAUGUUGAGAAGGACACUGCUGGCCAGACUAACAUUUAUUCAGUUGAGCCUGUAGUUUAUGUAGCAGAAAGUGCAAUAAGCUCCGGAAGUGCAGGUUCAUCUGCUGAUGGAUCUGAGAACACGGCUGCAAUUGCCGCUGGUCUCGCCCUCAUCUUCAUAGCUGCAGCUUCGACAGUACUUCUCCAAGUUAAUAAGAGUGCCCCACCACCACCACAGCAGACAGCCGACUACAACGGGCCAUCGCUCACUUACUAUAUCAACAAGUUUAAGCCACCGGAAAUUGUCCAAGCUUCAGUACCAAGUGAAACUGAAUCUUCCUCACCGGUACAACCAGAAAUCACCGCCCAGGAAGCUCCACAGAUUCAGGUUCAGUCUGAAUAUGUGGCACCGGCUCCUCCUACUUCAAGUGUGAACAAUGUUUCUUAGGCGGAUUAUAUAAGUGAGUUGUAUAUUGUUCUUUCAUUACACUGGUGUAUAUGUUUGUUAGAUUAUAGUCAAAGGGUCUGAAUCAAUUCAUCUUCCGUGCUGGUUUCGUUAAGCAGAAGUGAAAUUAGAAAUUGAAAGAUUAUCAAUGGAAGACAAAGUAUUCCGAAAAUAUGCGAUUGAUAAGGUGAUAAAACAGAAGCAAUAAACUGUGUACCUAUUUUGAGUA